CAACAAAAAAGAAAAAUAAUCUCUCUCGUUCUCGAUUACAAAACACACAAAAACAUGGAGUUUGCGUGCGUGCUCUUUCCUUCAUCAAUAAAAUCAAACCGUUUUAGCCGACAAAUAAUAUACCCAACUCGCUCCUUUCAUUAUUAAUUUUCAUCAUUACCAAAACUCACACUUUAUUCAGCUCCCUUUGCCUCUUCCUCUUCCUCUUCCUCAUUAUCAUGUCCUUGGAGGCAUUCGAUUACGAGCAAGAGAUGGCCGAUUUUAUGGACGACGAAAAUCAUCUCGUAGCUCCGGCGGAAAACGAGCUUAACGAAUACGACAUGCUGACGAAGGUGACUGAUACUUCGGCGGCUCAAGCCCGGAGUGGCAAGGACAUCCAAGGGAUUCCAUGGGAGACUUUGAAUAUAACGAGGGAUUUUUAUAGAUUGACCAGGCUUCAGCAGUACAAGAAUUUUGAGAAUAUUCCUUCAUCUGGUGAAGCUGUGGACAAGGAAUGCAAACAAACACAAAAAUGUGGAAAUUAUUAUCAGUUUUUUCAUAACACAAGAUUGGUUAAGCCUACAAUUCUACAUUUUCAGCUCAGGAACCUGGUUUGGGCUACUUCAAAACAUGAUGUCUAUCUCAUGUCCAACUAUUCAGUCAUGCAUUGGUCAACACUAUCUUCCAAUUUGUCGGAGAUCCUCAAUUUUGCAGGGCACAUAGCCCCUAGUGAGAAACAUGCAGGGAGUUUAUUAGAAGGUUUUACACAAACGCAGAUAAGCACUCUGGCAGUGAAAUAUAAUUUUAUGGUUGCAGGUGGCUUCCAAGGAGAGCUGAUUUGCAAGCGUUUGGAUAAGCAAGGAGUAAGCUUUUGUACCCGGACAACUUGUGAUGAUAAUUCCAUAACGAAUGCUGUAGAGAUAUAUGACAACUUGAGGGGUGGAACACAUUUAAUGGCAUCCAACAAUGACUGUGGUGUAAGAGAAUAUGAUAUGGCGAGAUUUCAGCUUUUAAAUCACUACCGUUUCCCUUGGCCAGUGAAUCAUACAUCAAUGAGUCCCGAUUGCAAGCUUUUUGUUGUUGUUGGAGAUCACCAACAUGCCUUGCUUGUUGAUUCACAAAAUGGGAAGACUGUUGCCACAGUGGUUGGUCACCAAGAUUACUCUUUUGCGUCUUCAUGGCACCCGGAUGGACGCAUCUUUGCUACAGGGAAUCAAGAUAAGACCUGCCGAGUCUGGGAUAUAAGGAAGCUGUCUGUGCCAGUCGCAACUCUUAAAGGAAACCUAGGGGCCAUUCGAUCAGUUCGCUUUUCAUCCAACGGACAGUUUAUGGUUGUCGCAGAACCUGCAGAUUUUGUGCAUGUGUAUAGUACGAAGGGAGAUUUUAAAGUGCAGCAAGAGAUAGAUUUCUUCGGUGAGAUAUCUGGAGUAUCUCUUAGCCCAGAUGAUGAGUCUUUAUUUAUAGGAAUAUGGGACAGGACUUAUGCCAGUUUACUUCAGUAUAACAAGAGGCACACCUAUGGAUAUCUUGAUUCCUAUUUGUAAUUUUGAUGAUAUAAGCAGAUGGCUACUUUUUCCCUUUUGUAAGCCAGUUUGUUUGAAAUCAAAGUUGUUGGCAGAAUAAGUUAAUUUUUUGUUAUAACUUUGAUUGCAAAGUAUAUAGUCAUAAUAUGGGUUAAUUUGAUA